AUGUCGCUGAACAAGAUGGCUGAAGGCUGAGUUCCCUUAAGGGGUUAUCUCUAGUUAGAAAAGUCGAAAAAAUCGAUUUUUAGGUUUUUGCAUAUUCUAAAAGUAUGCCAUCUCAAAAAUGUUUUCUGAAAGUUUCAUAUUAAUCAAACGAAAAUUGACAAAGUUAUGCGAGUUUGAACGUAGGGACCGCUCCGAGAGCAGGUAGCUUGGGUUUAUACUCACAAUAAACAGGUUAUUACACGUCUAGACGAGUUUCUGCUUGUAUUCAAACGGCCAACGAGCUCAGUUUGGCAGUUGGCUUUAAGCUGAGCAAAUCAACUUACUUCGACUUUGCUGUAAUUUUCGCGUGUUUUUCACGAUGAAUCCGAAUGAAAAACUCGGACGAAAUAAAAGAGAACUGCUAGGAGGAGCGCGCAAAUCAAGGUCAAAGAAGAGGAAACAAUCUUUCAACCCUAAGACAGCGGAGACGAACGAAGCAAGUUUUAGUGCAUCUAAAAAAAAAAUCGAGAUGCAGAAAAAAAUCGUGGUGCCGCAAGAUAAUUCUAUAGAAUAUAGGAUUAUCAAUUUUAUUUCUGUAUUUUCGGCUAUCGCAAUGCUUGUGAAGUGCAAAAAAUGCAAUAGUGACAUAAAGUUUCAGACAGCCAGUACUCGGGGACUAGGAUUUAAAAUUGCUGUUUUAUGUGAUCAGUGUCCGCCACAGGAAAUUCCUUCGUGCGCUUUUACAAAUCACUCUUACGAAAUUAAUAGACGUUUUAUAUUUACGAUGAGAGUUCUUGGUUUGGGACUAAAAGGUGCUCAGAAGUUUUGUGGACUCAUGGACAUGCCGAAGUUUUUCUAUUACACCACCUAUGAUAUCAUUAUCAAGCACAUUCAUUCGUGCGUCAAAACUGUUCGUGAUGUGCUUUUUGAAAACGCUGUUAAAGAAGAAAUGGAGCAAACCGUUGGACAAGAUAAUACAAAACUAACUGUUUCAGGGGACGGAACGUGGAAAAAGCGAGGUUUCACAUCUCUGUUUGGUGUCUCUUCUAUAAUUGGUUAUCAUAGCGGUAAAGUGCUCGAUGUCGUGGUAAAAAGUGCUUAUUGUAAAAUGUGCGAAUUUUGGGAUAAAAAACAAGAUACUUUUGAAUAUGAAGAAUGGCUCGAAAAUCAUAAAGCCGAAUGCAGGGCGAAUCACGUGGGAUCAUCCGGUAAAAUGGAGGUCGAGGCGAUUGUUGAAAUGUUCAAGCGUUCCGAAACUCUGCACGGUGUCAAGUACGAGAACUACAUCGAAGACGGUGAUUCAAAAACAUACUCCAGUAUUUUAAAUGCCGCGUCUUAUGAAGACAUUACUGUAAAUAAAAAAGAAUGCAUCGGUCACGUCCAAAAAAGAAUGGGCACGCGAUUACGUGAGUGUAAAAAGAAAAAUAAAGGGCUCGGCGGCAAAGGCAAACUAACUGGUAAAAUGAUCGAUAAGUUAACGGUUUACUAUGGUCUAGCUAUACGUAGAAAUUAUGACUCAGCAGAGAAUAUGAAAACAGCUAUUUGGGCUACAUAUAAUCACUACAGUUCAACAAACGAAAAUCCGAAACAUGACCUCUGCCCGGCGGGAGCGGAAUCGUGGUGCGAAUGGCAGCGCGCGUACGCAGAGUUACCAAACAAUCAGAAGCAAAAAAUAAAAAGUUUUAUACACACCUACGACGCUUUGCCGACUGAUGUUUUAACGGCUAUCGAGCCAAUUUACAAGGACUUGAGUAAACAAGAGUUAUUAGAUCGAUGUGUUGGUGGAUUUACGCAAAAUAACAACGAAAGUUAUAAUCAACUGAUUUGGAAAAUCAGUCCAAAAAUUCUUCCAAGCGGCUUAAUACCAAUCGAAAUAGCUGCAUAUGUGUCAGCUUGUGUUUUUAAUGAAGGCUCAAAAGCUUUGUUACAAAUAAUGCAAGCGAUGGGAGUUUCUACUGGCCCAAAUGCCCAUGCAUUCGUGGCAGACGAAGACGAGGGACGCGUCGCUAUUGCCGAGCGCCGCGCGCAAGAAAAUACACAAGAGGCCAGAAAGCAUCGUAGACAGAAGAAAAUUGAUGCUUUGGAGGUGGCUUCGGCAGCAGAAGGCUUACUUUAUGGGCCUGGAAUCGAUGAUUCUGUAUAAUCCAGAUUCGAGCAGCAGUGGACACCGUAAAACCAGUUUUUUGAAAGGGCCUUCAGGAGGAUGGCCGUAUCUUUUUUAAUUAUUAAUAUUUUUUAUUUAAAAAAUUAUGUUACAUUCAUAAAAAUAUAUUCUCUCACAUAGACCAACCCAAUUUUAAACAAGUUUUAUAGUUAAUGCAAAAAAAAUUCUCAAAAAUCACCUAUUUUUCGGCUUCCUGACUAGGGAUAACCCCUUAACUACUUCGGCUUCACUUUCCUGACUUUUCUCGUCCACAAACUAAGCUUUCGCACCGUCAAUCAAGUCCGUGAUGCAAACGUAUUUUCUUGUUGAAAAAAUACUGAAUUAAUGCAAUAAUUAGAAAUAAAUUAUGGCAAAUGCUAUCGAAGAUUUAUUUGAUGCUUUUGAUGAGCAAGAUGAUGAAUCGGAAAUUAUUCAUUUACCCAAAAAGUCGGACCUUUCAUUAAAAUAAGUACACAAUACUAAACAUAACCAUGGAUAACCCACGCGUGGGCAAAUUGCAUAAAAUUUUAACUGAGCUUGUACUGGAGUGGAACCUUGUUCCGUUUCGUUCAUUCUAGAUUAUAUACUUUUGUAAGGAAAGAACGAUCACCUAAUUUCUUUCUUCUAUCGUAAGUACGACCGUUUCAUCGUCUCUCGUAGGAAGUUGAUAUAUUGAAUAAACUAGACUUUAUGAAAAUA